AGAAGACUGAACAAAAACAGACGUGAACGCACGUUGACGUGACCGUGAAACAGACGGGAAAAUGUGAAAUAUGUCGCGGUUUUUCCCGUCCAUCAGCUGUGUGUACAGUGUGUCCAGUGGGGUCAUACGUGGAGGUCCUCGCAGUUUUCUUCCCCUGUUAAGGCCGCUCCCGCCCGGACUGACAUGUGUUUUGGCAGCCGGUAAAAAGGACCUGAUAGACUUCCCUGUCCUGAACGAGGACGAGCUUGAAGAGCAGUUUGUGAGAGGAUCUGGACCCGGAGGACAGGCCACCAACAAAACCAGCAACUGUGUGGUGCUCAAGCACAUCCCCAGUGGGACUGUUGUGAAGUGCCAUCAAACCAGAUCUGUGGAUAUAAAUCGAAAGCGUGCUCGGGACAUCAUGCGCGAGAAACUUGAUGUUGUUUAUAAAGGAGAACUCAGUGAAGUUAUUGUAAAGAAGAAAGAGUCUGAGGUGAGGAAACAAGAGAAGAGGAAGAAGGCAAAUGAGAAUCUAGAGAGAAAAAGACUCUUUAGAGAAGCUCUGGCUGCAGACUCCAAACCUGGAAAUAAUACUGUUUAAAAUGUUAGAUGGGAAUAUAGAAUGAAUACAUUAAUACCUGAGAGGUUCUGUAUGUUUGUAUGUCGACACAGACUGGAUAACUAAACCUGGAAGGGUGUACUGUCAACAGUUGUAUAUCCAGUAAUCCUUGUAUUUGUAUGGUGUCUUUCAUGCAAAGUUACAAUACAUAAGAUGAGAAAAGAAACAUAAAAUAGAGUCAAAAGUGUUGUGCGGAGUGUGGUUCAUCUUUCAGUGCUUGAAGAGAUGUUUUCAAGAAAACAACAUUCAUUCGAGACACAGUAAACUUUAGAUACAAGUUGCAGAAUACUUGUACCUGUAGGUGUUAUUUGUCUUGGAUGCAUAUUUCUUUAACGUUAUCAUUUGAUGACAUAACUUCCCCUCACUUACUUCCUGUACAUUGUUAGUGUUGUAGUCUCAGUUUCAUAUCUGAAUGUGUCCCCACACUACAGCCUUUCCUGCCGGCUCAUUUGAUAUUGAAAACCC